AUGUCUGUCGCAUCGUCCGUUCCUGUGGGCUCCAGUGUUUUUUUCUCUUUGGCUUUGUUUGCUAUAUGUAUUCUUGUCCUGUUACUCUUGCGGCGCUUUCUUACUCUCCGCGCCACUCCGGCUUAUCUCUCCGUCCCCGUAUUUCUGGCCCUCGCACUGCCCGCCAGCGUUGUACUGCUAGUGCCGAUUGAUCUCGCUUCCAGCUCACGCGAUGAUGAUACCGGUCCUAAAGCGAUAUGGCUUCCUGAUCGGGUGGUUCUGGUAUCCUGGAGGAUUGCCUACUGGCUGAUCUUUGUUCUAACUUGGGCUAUUCUACCAUUGCUUGGCGAAUAUAUCGAUUCCGGAUAUCGUGAACCUAAAGGCCGUCUUUUGUACUCCAUUCGCUCCAAUGCCCGCUAUCAGCUGAUAGUUUUAUGCUGUGCGACCGUGGGGUUGGUCUACGUAUCUAUCCAGAAUGGCUUCGAUUUUACCUCGAUUAAGGGGCUUGUCAUGGCUCUUGCAUAUGUGUGGGGUCUCGUCCUGGCCAUUUAUUUGAUGGGACAUGGUUUGGUGUCAAUUCCACGCACUCUGUUCCGAAAUGCCAAUGUCAGUGGCCGCUUGCGGAGGAUCCAAGCCCAUGCCCCGCGGGUCCAUGACCGUCUGAUGGAUGCUGUCAAUGAUUUGGAGGUGUUAGAAUCCCAGGUCGCACAGCUACAGAGUCGUAAGACGGGCACCGCACGAGACUUUCAGGAAUGGAUCGAAGAGUUGCCAGAGGGAUCCAGUCCAUCGGAACCGCGGGCGGCAUUCCAUGAGGCUGCAGACCGUUCUGCCACCGUCCCCGCAGUCAUCACGGAGCGCUAUCUGGCGAAUCUAACCCGACGUCUCCAGCGCGCUCGACACCAGAAGGCUCGGUUUAUGGACGAAUGGGAUCGCUUGGUGGUGUCAGCGGCCGACGUCCAGGCAAUUAUCAACUCUUCUGCAUCAGCGAAGUUGGAGUUUGCUGAGUUCCCGCGUCGCUCCUCAAUCCUGUCCGGCGUGACGAUCCUGACGCCCUACCUGCGUUACCAUCUCUAUGUGCAUGUCAUCCCGAACUUCCGGCUGCUUCUGGGGGCGCUUUGCUCUGCUGCAUCGGUCUGCAUCAUCUGGUCAGAAUUGUUCAAGUCGUUGCUCCCGCGGCUGUCCGUAGUCAGUCUGAUGGUGACCCACAACCGACAGGACCCGAAACCGGUCGGCUUCUGGGGACAGGUCACCGCAUCUGCUUGGCUGCUGUACAUGUGCUCGGCCGCUCUGGUCGGGGUGAGUGAUGCAAAAGUCUGGGGCAACCGUGCUUUGGUGCGUCGCAACACAUACGGGGAGAGUGCAUGCUGGUACGCUGGAUUGGUUGCACGGCUUACGGUGCCCAUCGCCUAUAACUUUCUGACCCUGUUACCUGAAAACACGCGGCGACAUACCACAUUCUACCUGUUCCUCGGUCGCCUCAUUGAUCUGACCCCGCUCGGAAAAGGAUUCGAUUAUUUCUUCCCCGUUUUCAUUCUGCUCCCAGUUUGCGCCACUUUGUUCAACUUCUACGGUCGAGUCAAGAAUAUCUGUGGACUGGGACUAGCCGAAGAGGAGACGGAAGAUCUAGAGAAUAAUCCCAGCGGCUAUGGCGUCGGUGGCUGGAGAGAGGGUCGCGAGUUGAUCGACCGUGAAUUGAGCGGUAUAGGAUCACUGGCCCUCAGCACACGAGGCGGUCGGUCACACUGGCAACCAAACCGGAGCGAAGGCCUCUCACGAGCCUUUUCGUCUGCUUCCGCCUCCUCGCGAGCUGCGCCAGCGGACGGAUCGCGAUCGUCCCGAACCGCACGGGGCCCGAUGUCUGCUGCGAUUAACGAAGAAGACGAGGAUGAAGAGAACUUUUUCCAGGCAUUUGCACAUCGGGUAAAGAAUACGUGGGAUACCACUAGUACGCCGCAAUGGCUUCAGGGAGAACCGUUCCGACUGCCACGGUGGAUGACCGGUAACGAAAAUGGCAGUAGUAACGGAAAUGGGGUCACUACUGGAUUGUUAAGUGGACGACCUAAUAAUGGUAAUGUCAGGCUUUAA